AUGGCCUCCUUUUUCCAUGAUCCUCGGCGCCCCGCCCUAUCGCAGGUGGUCGAAGCACUUCAACGACUACAAAACGAUCCUCAACAGCUUGCCCAUGAAAGAGAGGGACGCUACGACGAUCCCCCCCCGCCGUAUCCAGAGUCAGGCGAGACCACACAGCCUCCGACCCCCGGGCCACCCGUUGUAGACGAGACGUAUCAGCGAGAACUACGAAGGAAAGCUCGCUACAAGGCGACCCCGGUGAACCAGUUCAAUAGUCAGGCCAACCGCGAGCUCGAACGGCUUGUGCAUCAGCUAUCGGAGAAGCGCUUCGGUCGAAGACAGACGUUACCGUGGGAUGGCUCUUCAGAUCUUCGAGCCAACUCCGAGAACAAUGUCCGAAGCCGCUGGGUAGAACAAGGCAUCUGGGGGAAUGAAUGGGGCCCAGCAUGGCCCGAGGACAGUCAUCCAAUGUCGAAGAGAUGGCAACAAGAAGGAGACGGUCCCUUUUUUGGUUCCUACAGCUCGUCCACUUCUAAGUCCUUGCCAGGCGCUCGUUGGGGCCACGAGGAACCUGAUCCGGAGCCGGAAUCGGAAUCGGAGUCAGAACAGGAACGGCCACCUAUCUUUGGUAUUUUCGGCCUUGGUGUAGGCCAGCCAAAACGAUCCAAGUCUCCGCAGCGGUUCAGGUAUAUCCAGACAGAACAGGGACAGCGUCUAUAUAUUCCCAAUCCCACCGUUCGCAAUCCCGAGGCAUCGCGCCCUUAUAACCAGUUCUUAUAUCAGAUAUCCAAAGAGCGUGACUGGAUCAAGGACGAGCUGGACUACAAGGCGCUCGGUACUAGCGUCGACAUCGACACCAUAGUCUACCAAAGCGUCAAGGACAUGUGGAUCGAAGAUGGCAUUUGGAAUCCCAAAUGGGGCGAGCUGCCAGGAAUGACGUGGAUCUACGAAGAACCCGAAGAAGAGGAGGCGGUGGAAGCUCCUGCAUCUCCCGAUGCCGUCGCAGGACAGCAUGAGGACGCCAUCGAUGACGGCAGACAACACGCUCCCGUUCCUAGAACUCUCAGUAUUUUCGGGCAGGCGUUAAUCUCCAACAUGGCCAGUGGUGGCACUGAUGGCAGCUCCGCUCCAGCUCUUGGUGAUGCCGGAGCCUCUACCACUGAUAGACGGACCGGGACAAGGGAAGCGCCAAGUGACCAGACCGCAGUCACCCACGACGUACAGGACCCGGGAGACCGCCCUCGGCGUGCUGCUCGCAUCGAGAGGCCGCCGAGGGAGGAGCGAACCCCCCGUCUACGGAAGCGCAGUCGUGGUUCUGACGCAGUCGUGGAUGAACAGCCUCCCAAACGACCGAGGCGUAGUACUCGGCUCUCGGCUCUCCCCCAUAAUGCAUCCGAUUCUGCUGAUGCAAACAAGCCACAUGGCUCGAAGACCGUGGACACAAGUGGUGUGGAGGAAGGAAGGAGACCGCCUUGUGAUAAAAGGGCAGCGCCUGCAAGUGGCAAAACGAAAGGGAAAAAAGUCAAUGCUGUAGCCAAUCCAGUGCGCCGCAGCGCCAGGAUUGCAGAAAGAGAAAGGAAACGGAUGGCCGACAUGGCGGAGGAGCUACCGUCGAAGUCGAGGUCUCCCCGAGCCAAGACGACAAGGACAGCUCGUCGAAAAUAA